UCCCGGACCAGCCCAGCCGGCUGUGCCGCGGCGACCUUCUGGCCGGCACUCGGGACCCUGCCGGCGGCGUCGCAGAUUUCUGCUUGGCAGAUCAACCAAAGGCAGGAGGGGUUUAUCUGUCUACAUUCUGGGUGCUGCCCUCUGCAAGACCCCCAUGACAGACCCCAGGCCCAAGUCCACUGUGGUACCAUACGCCCGCCCCACCCCAGGCAUUACUCUGGGGUCUGCCUGAGGCCAGCAGUGUGAAGAUGACCAGCGCCUUCCUAGCAUGACGACCUUGGACCAUGUGAUCGCUACCCACCAGGCGGAGUGGGUCUCCUUCAAUGAGGAGCCACUCUUUCCUGUCCCUUCUGAGGGGGGCACCGAAGAGCACCUUCCUGGGCUGUCUUCCUCAGACCAGUCUGAGAGCUCCUCUGGGGAGAACCACGUGGUGGAUCGAGGCUCUCAGGACCUUUCCCACUCAGAGAAAGAUGACUCCUCUGAAAAGAUGGGCCUCAUCUCUGAAGUGGCCUCCCCUCCUGGGAGCCCGGAGCAGCCCCCACCUGACCUGGCCUCAGCCAUCAGCAACUGGGUUCAAUUUGAAGAUGACACACCCUGGGCCAGCACGUCACCACCUCAUAAAGAAACAGCCCUACCGUUGACCCUGCCCUGCUGGACGUGCCCUUCCUUCAACUCCUUGGGGAGGUGCCCUCUGACCUCUGAGAGCAGCUGGACCACACAUUCUGAAGACACCAGUAGUCCCAGUUUUGGCCCCUCAUACACAGACCUGCAGCUCAUCAAUGCUGAGGAGCAGAUGAGUGGCAGGGCUUCUGGGGCAGACUCGACUGAUAAUUCUUCCUCACUUCAAGAAGAUGAAGAGGUAGAGAUGGAGGCCAUCAACUGGGAGGCCAGCAGUCCAGCCAUGAAUGGGCACCCUGUCACUCCAGUGACCUCUGCCCGUUUCCCCAGCUGGGUCACAUUUGAUGACAAUGAAGUCAGCUGCCCUUUGCCACCAAUCACCUCUCUUCUGAAGCCAAAUACACUGCCUAUUGCUUCUGUGACCCCAGAUGUACCUUAUAAUUCAACUGGGUCAUUUAAGAAGAGGGAACGUCCCAAGAGCACGCUGAUGAAUUUCUCCAAAGUUCAGAAGCUGGACAUUUCCUCCUUAAACCACCCACCUUCCAUAACCGAGGCUCCACCUUGGAGGGCAACCAAUCCUUUUCUGAAUGAGACUCUACAGGAUGUACAACCUUCCCCUAUCAACCCUUUCAGUGCUUUCUUUGAGGAGCAGGAGAGGCGCUCCCAAAACAAUUCCAUUUCUGGUACCACAGGCAAAAGCCAAAGAGAUUCCCUCAUUGUCGUCUACCAGGAUGCCAUUAGUUUUGAUGAUUCAAGCAAAAACCAGUCACACUCUGAUGCUGUUGAAAAACUCAAACAACUCCAAAUUGAUGACCCUGAUCGCUUAGGCAAUGCGACACUUCCUGACGAUGACCCAAUAGCCUGGAUUGAACUAGAUGACCACCCGCCUGGUUCAGCACUGUCCCAGCCCAGGGAUGGGUGGCCAAUGAUGCUAAGGAUCCCUGAGAAGAAAAACAUUAUGUCCUCCAGGCACUGGGGACCCAUCUACAUCAAACUGACAGACAGUGGUUUCCUGCAGCUGUAUUAUGAGCAGGGCCUAGAGAAACCAUUCCGUGAGUUCAAGCUGGAGAUCUGCCAUGAGAUUUCAGAACCCCGGCUCCAAAACUACGAUGAGAAUGGCAGGAUCCACAGCUUGCGGAUAGACCGUGUCACCUACAAGGAGAAGAAGAAAUACCAGCCUAAACCUGCCGUGGCCCACACAGCAGAGAGGGAACAAGUGAUUAAGCUGGGCACCACCAAUUAUGAUGACUUCCUGAGCUUCAUCCGUGCAGUCCAGGACCGUCUCAUGGAUCUGCCAGUGUUGUCAAUGGACUUGAGCACAGUUGGCUUGAACUACCUUGAAGAGGAGAUUACAGUGGACGUCAGAGAUGAAUUCUCUGGCAUUGUGAGCAAAAGAGACAACCAGAUUCUCCGGCACCACGUCUUGACACGGAUCCAUAUUCUGAGUUUCCUCUCUGGGCUUGCAGAGUGCCGCUUGGGCCUCAAUGACAUCCUCAUCAAAGGCAAUGAAAUAGUUUCCCGGCAAGACAUCAUGCCUACUACCACCACAAAGUGGAUCAAGCUCCAUGAGUGCCGUUUUCAUGGGUGUGUGGAUGAGGAUGUAUUCAACAACUCACGGGUUAUUCUGUUCAACCCUUUGGAUGCAUGCCGAUUCGAGCUAAUGCGGUUCAGGACAGUAUUUGCUGAGAAGACCCUGCCUUUCACACUCAGGACGGCAGCAAGCAUCAAUGGGGCAGAGGUGGAGGUGCAGAGCUGGCUUAGGAUGUCAACCGGCUUCUCCUCUAACCGUGACCCUCUCACUCAGGUUCCCUGUGAGAAUGUGAUGGUUCGUUACCCUGUGCCCAGUGAGUGGGUGAAAAACUUGCGCAGGGAAAGUGUCCUGGGGGAAAAGUCCUUGAAAGCCAAAGUGAACCGGGGGGCAAGUUUUGGCUCCACUAGUGUAUCUGGCUCUGAUCCUAUCAUGAGAGUAACUCUGGGAACUGCCAAGUAUGAGCAUGCCUUCAACUCCAUUGUGUGGAGGAUAAACCGACUGCCUGACAAAAACUCAGCUUCUGGUCACCCACACUGUUUCUUCUGCCACCUUGAACUUGGCUCUGACCGGGAAGUGCCUUCCAGAUUUGCCAAUCACGUGAAUGUCGAGUUCAGCAUGCCCACAACUUCUGCCUCCAAAGCCGCUGUACGAUCCAUCUCCGUGGAAGACAAGGCUGAUGUCAGGAAGUGGGUCAAUUAUUCCGCACACUACAGUUACAAGGUGGAAAUUGAGCAAAAAAAGAGUUUGAAGCUGGACUUGGAAGGAGAUGAAAUGGAAAAUCCCAAGGAGUGUGGGGUCCAGUGACGAAGCCCUACUGCAAGGGGCCCUGACCUAAGAAUCACGAUAGGAUGUCUUUCUGAUUAGCUGAAGUUCAGUACCUACCAUGGCUACGCCAUGUUGGAACAGUGUGUUGGUCAUUCCUGUUGGUAGUUACCUGUAUUAUAACAGGAAACCCUGAGGUGGUUGCUUUCGAGAGGCUCUGAUCGUGCCUGAAGCACCUGGCUCACCUGACAUUUGGAGCUUAUUGUAUAAUUAAGCCUCCGUGUCUGCACUCUGCUUAUCUCACAGCACUUGUGUGGUUGUUGUGACUGUCAGAGUCAGGAAAACAACCUCCCACAUCAGUGUUGGCACGAUUUCCUACUGAUGUUCAUCUGUCACUUACAUGAUUUUCUGGAAAACACAGUCUCAAGAAAUUACUUAACUAAGAAUCCAUCUCUGCCACUCCCUCUAGAAAAGGUUCAGAAAAGGUACAAAACAAAUUUCCUCUUUGGGUCUACGAGGCCUUUUGUAGGUAUCUCCAUUCUUUAAAUGUUAACACUAUGCAAUGAAGUUUUCAAGAUGUUCCUCCUGGCUCUAGAUUAUUUUGAUUGAAACACUUUUUCCCUUUCUCUAAGGUUUCAGUCCCAGGGUUCACCACCCUGAAUCACAAGAGACAAUGGAAAAAAGGCACAAUAGGAUACUUUUAAUUCUGUGAUUAGCCCCACAUUCUGCAAAGGGUGACUGUUGAAGGGAAAGCAAAAUUGAGCUUAUUUUUCUUCAUUCUGGGGAAAAGGGACAUUAAUUGUAGGAUUAUAUUCAAUUCAGGAGACAGCUUCAAUCUCAGUGAAUUCCCAAAUUCACGCUGAAAACAUAUAGGCCAUUUCUGAUUCAUGAAACAAAUGGAUGUGUAUGUGUAUAUGUAUAUUAUACCUCAGGCAUAUGUCGGGGCAUUUGGGAGCUUUUAUACCUCAUAGCCAACACACAGUUGCAUGUCUCUUUAGCUCAAACUUUACAGGAAAUAUAAGCUGAGAAGAUCAUUUUAAAAGGUGUUUCAAAACUAAGCUCGUAUGAGCUUUUCCCAGAAAUUCAGAGUUUGAUAAUCACAGUAUUAUAAUAGAUCUAAAAGGCUGAAGACUCCACAGUAGAGAUGGGAGAAAGCCAUAUUUUUCUAAUAUUGGGAGCAUUAAAUUCUGAUUCCAAGAGCCAGGGACACUCAAUCUUCUUUCCCUUCAUCUGUUCUUGCCCACAUUCUGUACCUCUGCUGCUUAGUUGUACCUUGGUUUUUUCUUACCAUACAAGGAACUAUAUUGGCCAUUCCAAAGGUGAUACCUGCUCAGCAAUUUAAAGGCAGCUUCUAUCUGCCUUUCUCUUUUUCCCAGGAAGAAUAGACUAAGGAGACAGAAGGCAUGCUUAUCAGAUUUGUAGAUGACGUAGAAACCGACAGUAUAUCCAGUCUGUUGACUGGCAGAUUCGGGAUUAAUUUACUCAAUGAAUACUCAUUGAAUUCUAACCACGUACUGACACUAGGAUAUAGAAAUUGUUACAGUUUUUUGAAAUACCUGAACAUAAGACUGAAACUAAAAGGAUGAAAUUGAAUAGGCAUUAAUGAACUAUGUUCUGAAUUUCUUAAACGUAACUCUCUAAGUACAGAGUGGUGUACCUAUUUGUGUGUUUAUGGAUGUUUGUGUUUAUGUGUGUGUGUUGAUGGCAAGAGUGUUGGAAAGUCCUGGUUUCACAGCAGUUCAUGUAGAAAAGUUUUCUUAAGGAAAUAAGAGUUCAGUUUUGAAUCAGGAGUAUAUCAUGGCUAUUCACAAAGCUAAUGCAUUCAACCUGUGGCUAUAGAAGUCCAGGGAGCCCUGCAUGCUGCAUUGGUCAGUCCACAUCUGGAUGGAGGCUUGGGUUCAAUUCUGGGUACCAUAUUUUAAGAGAGACAUUAAUAAGUUGUGUCUAGAGGCAGGCGGCUAGGGUUGUGAAGGAUCUGAUUAUAUAAGGAACAGGGGAACAGUUCCCCUGAAGAACAGAAGGUAUAGCUGGAAAGGGAGUGCAGAAAAGGAGGGAAUGAUAUAAUAGCUAACUUGAAAUUUCUGUUGAGCUAUAAAAAGGGAGAGGAAUUAGACUUAUUCCAUGUAGCUUCAAAGGGCAAAAAUAGAAACAAAGAGGAACCUUAAAGAUGACAGAUGUUUGCUUCAACAUAAGAAAGAAUUUUCUAAUAAGAGUUGUUCUAAAGAAGAAUGGACUCUAGUAAAAUUUCCUCUUUACUGCAAACGCCCAAACAAAGGUGCAGAUAACCAUCCAUCCCAGAUGCUAUGAAAGGGACUCUGACAUUGGAUUUGGGUUGGAUGACUACCAAGAUCCCUACAUGUAGGUUUAGUCUCAAUAGUAAUAGGACUCUCUAACUCUAGUUGUUUUUUUCUUUGAUAAGUGGUUUUUCACGCUCUUUGAAAUACAGUGGGGUCCCCAGAGGUCUUUGUCAAGUGAGGACUCCAAGGCAUAGCCCUUCCCCUAUUGUACUGAAGGCACAUGAGAUUCUUCACAGAAACGGCAAAUGGGUUGAAGAGUUGGCAAGAUGAAGGUCAUUCCGGCACUUUCCCUACCCAAAGUUAGCACCCGCGCGCCCUCUCAAGAUCUGUGCCUCACCAGCUAGCACCACAUAUGUAUUGCUUGUUGGGCCUUUUCCCCCCUUGAUUAAUUUUCAUUGCCUUCGUGCUUUCACCUGGACAUUUUUUUUUUU